AUGACAUCACCAAUUCUUGUUAAAGCUUGGUUCAACAAUGAAAUUACUGGUCUUCCAUUCACCAAAAUAUUUUGCAAUUAUCGAAAAUCAAAAAGCAAAGUGUCAAAGCUUAUUGAAACUAUUGAUGAAUUAGUUCAACAUGGUAUUCUUAAAAAAGGUGUUAAUGAUAAUCGACACGUUGUUGCUGCACGAAAAGAAACAUAUUUAAAAACAUCACCAGUUACUAUUCGUGCUAAUAACCGAAUGCUUGAUUAUCUUCAAUCUAUUGGCAUCGACAUUGAUACUUAUGAACAUGCAUAUCUUUCAUCACCAUUACCAAUGAAUAUGGAAUUAACUACAUUUGCAGUUAAUUUAAUUUUAUCCGAUGAUGAUUAUAUUGAAUACUGUCAUUUAUUUAAUGAUGUUCAUAUACAAAAUGAAAUGGAAGAACGAUUAUCAAAACAGAUGGUCGAAUAUCGAAUGGUAUUUGGUCAAAAGCAAUAUUAUAUUCCAUCAUUAUCUCAAAUUGUCGAAGAAGAUAAUUUAAUUAUUGAAAACAGUCAACGUUAUGAUGGUGAUCAAACUCCAACUAAUAAUAAUGAUAACAAUGAUGAUAAUAGUGGUGAUAACAAUGAUGAUAAUAGUGGUGAUAAUCAAAGUGAUAAUAAUGAUAAUGCAUUAUCAACUUUACUUUUUGUAUCACAUCGAUCAAUUACUAAUCCAUCACCAAACACCAUAUCAUCACGUUCUGCAAAUUCAUCUCUUUUUACUGAAUUGUUGAAUAUGAAUAAUAAUAAUGAAUCACAAAACAACAAUGUUACCGAUCAAAUAACUGAAUCUAAUAA